GGUCAUGCGCACUAAAUCACAUUGAAGAGCAGUUCGCAAAAGAAGAAAACAGGACGAUGCGUAACAAAUAUGCAGAAAAUUUCGCUUGACAAACACAUGAACAUCUUGUGGCCUGCAAAUACCACUCGAAAACAUUGCAUUUAACUGUAAAAACUGUAUGGUGGAGUAAUUGAAAGACGGUUUUACAAGCACGAUGCUGCAGUCCAUGGAUGAUAAUCAGGAAUUUACAGUAAGGUCCCUCUACCCUUUUACUGCUACAUCAUCAGCAGAGCUGACUGCCAAGGAAGGAGACAUCUUGAAAGUUUUGAGUCAUUUUGAUGAGCAUUGGUACAACUGUGAGCUCAAUAGCAAAAAGGGCCUGUUUCCGAUCUCGUACACUGAGAAAAUUGACAAUAGCUACACGAUUGAUAGAUAUGUUGUGGCGAUACAAUCAUAUUCUGCCCAGAGACCAGGAGAGAUAAGUUUAAAGAAAGGUGACUUUGUCAAAGUACUGGAGGAGAUUGGUAACAAUUGGCUACGUGGAGACAUCAAUGGGACUAUUGGUAUUUUCCCAUGUGUUUUUGUAGAAGAUUGCUCCAAACCUGAAGACAGCAAAGAUGGUGAGGAACUUUACAGUAAUUUUGGCUUCUAUGAAAAUCUGGAUAUCACAUUUGCAGAGGCGUUAUACGGGUUCGAGGCAAGGAACAAGGAUGAGUUGAGCUUUCCUAUGGGGGCUGAGAUUGUUGUCACUAAAGAUGUGGACAAUGAUUGGUAUGAAGGGACAUUUGAAGGAGAUACAGGGCUAUUCCCAAAAAGUUAUGUGCGGAUAAUGGACCCUCCCGUGGAGCAGUCAAUGUCUGAUGAUAACAAGAGGCCUUAUGCAAGAUCAAUUUACCCAUUUGUUGCUGAAAAUGACUCUGAGCUUACUUUUAAAGAAGGUGAAAUUAUUCAACUAAGGGAACGGGCAGGUUCUCAGUGGCUUAUAGGUGAGCUAGGUGGCAAAACUGGUCGCUUCCCAGCAAGUUUUGUGAAUAUUGAGGUAGAUCUCCCUCCAGAGAACACCAGGGUAUAUAGUUUACAUUCUUAUCAUUUCAGCCCUGAGAGGAUCAAUUGGACUAUAGGGAUGAAGGCAAGGGCCCUUUAUCACUUUUCUGCACUUCAUUCUGGUGAUUUAGAACUUAGUGAGGGGGAUGUUAUAACUGUCUUAAAAAUAGUUGAUGAUAAUUGGUUAGAAGGUAGACUACAAAGCGGAGUUUCAGGGACAUGCCCUAUUGCAUAUCUAGAACCUCUCAUGAAGACAAAUACAGCAAAUGGCAGCUUACCUAAAGCAUCUAUAUUCAUGGAACUUAAGGCUGGAUUGCAAUCUAUCCAGAGCACUCAAACCACAAACAAACCUGCUGCAUCAAAUGGUGUUUCUCAAGGCACAAGUAGACAAAAGGGUGACAGAAGUUUACUAGACUCAUCAUUUUCUGAGGACACUUGUCCUACACUAAGACCUAGUGGCUUUGGUGAUAAUACAUGUACUCAACCAUCUGCAAAGCCUAAACCAGCACCUCGGCCACCCAGUGUUUCACUGGCAAGAAGAAGGUAUUCAUCUGGUGGUGAUAGCAGCAGAUCUAGCCAGAGUUCAGUUUUUGAUGCCACAUCACCCACUGCAGAGGGGUUACCCUCACCAAUUACACCAACUAUCAAUAGAACAUCAAUUUACAAUACUCCUUUCAACUCAAAAAGUGCUUACCAUCCGGUGUCAUUUGGCACAGUAAAAACCUCUGGUUCCCAAAUCAACAUUUUCAGCUCAGAGCAGUCUAAUGGUAAAUACUCUGGAAAUAAUGAGUCUUCUAAAGGAAUCCCUAAGAAAGGCAUACAAUCAGUAUCAGAUGAUACUACAACUAUUAUACCCAGACGAAAGGCACCACCUCCACCAAAGGUGCGUCCAGCUGGGAGCAGAACUCAGAGCUUACCAAGAGGCUUACAGUCUAGUGAUAUAGCCAGACCAGGCGGCCAGUGUAAAAGUGAAGUAGAUGGUAAUCUGGUUAACAACAGGUCCUUGUCGAGAGGUAGUAUCAAGCAGGCAUCAGGGCAGAGACCUGAAGGGCCACAAAAGAAAGCUGCACCCCCACCACCUGCCCGCCCCAACCAAGUGAACCUUGGAGGGCUGGCUAGGUCGGCAACUGUGUCAUCUACAAGCAAGGAAGAAUGGAGAAAGUCUUCGCCCACAAAAUCAGAUUGUGCCUCAGGUGGUGGUAGACGGCAGAGACCAUACUCUUUGUAUUAUGUUGGUGAGGACAGAAAGGAUAAAGAUUUAAGGCUGUGCAAAUCAACCAGCGUGGAAGACAUACAAGGUUUGCGAGGGGAUGUAUCCGUUUCAAACUCUCAGACAGCAUUUGACAAAUACAACAAGGCAGCAAUGCAGUCAACAGACGGGAUGCACAACUUGGCAUAUGAGGAUGCAGGCGAUAUACCUGGCAUUGAAGAUUUAGAUGAGACAAUUUCAGACGCAGAAAAGAACUUGCAGGUUGAGAAAAAAGCAUUGUCAGGGAUGAAGACAAUCUCUCAGAUGCUGGUAUACGAUGAAGCCAAGCAUAGAGAGAUGGACGAGAAGAUGGCACGCAGUCAGCAAAAGGUUGACGAGUGGCAGGAAAUCUUAUCGAGCUUGCAAACUGAAAGGUCAUACAUGGUGGCGGCUUAUUCAAAGAGAAAACAGUUUGAGAGACAAAUGGAAUCGUUGGAGAGUGACCUUGAGAAGCAGCUUCGCAGUCAAAAGAGCCUCGAGGAACUGUUAAAGGUUGUCGAGGCUAGCAGACGUGAAGAGGUGCAGGAAAAUCUCAGGAUGUGUGGGACAUUCAUUUGUGAACUCAAUACUAAGAUAAAAAAAUUGGAAGUACAUGUAGACAGAGCAGAAAAGCACGUAGGCAGAGACGAGAGGGGUGGAAAGCCAGACUUACAUGUCAAUAAUCGACAGGCAGAGUCGAUGCAGAGUCUGAGCCAACCGCCGACAAGAUCCUCCCAGCAGCACAUGGCAGAACAGAGGCAAAAGGUCCUCACUGAACUGCUCAACACGGAACGAGAUUACAUACGUGACCUCCAGACGUGCCUGAAGUAUUUCUACGAAGAGCUGAAAAAUACAAAGGUGGUGGAUGCCGAGGUCUUGUUUGGUAACAUGCAUUCAGUGGUAGAGACCUCGACACGCUUGCUUGGGUCCUUUGAAGCAGCAUUACAAGACGAUAAACAGCAGGAACUAGGAAAGUGUUUUGCCGAGCACGCAGAGGAAAUUAAGUCCGUGUAUUCAACCUACUGCAAGAAUCAUGAUGAUGCCAUUGGAUUACUGGAAAAGUAUGAGGAUUGUCUUGAAGCCCAAGAAGCCUUCAGAAAGUGCCUUGAUGCUGUCAGGGAUACCACCAAGUGUUGGGACUUGUCGUCGUUCCUGAUUAAGCCUGUUCAGCGUGUACUUAAGUAUCCGCUGCUACUCAGUGAGCUGCUAAAGUGUACGCCUCAAAUCCAUAAAGAUAAAGACAACCUUGUGCGAGCUUUGUCUGCCAUGACGGAGGUAGCGGCUACUAUCAACGAGGUCAAACGAAGAAAAGAUUUAGUGGUCAAGUAUAAAAAGACGGAAGAAUCAGGAAUAUCGAACAAAUUCCAAAAGCUUAGUUGGCACUCUGUUAUGAAGAAGUCCUCCAGAUUUACACAGAAGUUAACGCAGAGUACUGGGCUUGUUAAUCAGACUGUUGACAAGAGUUUCAACGAAGAAGAGAAGAAAUUCAACAAUCUGGAGAAGACUGUCAAAAAUCUUAUAAAAAAUGUUUCUAGCUAUGUUGAACAGUUUCAGGAUACUGUGACCCGCCAGGAAGUCAAUGGUCAGAAUAUCCAGGAAUACUAUCUGGACGCGAGUACCUGCACCGAGGUUACCCUAUACCAAUCCACGCAGCAGCGAAUAUCAGGCAUCUUGCUAGACGCUUUCAUGGGUGAGGUCCAGUACUGCGUUUUGACACCUCUCAACUCGCUCCUCGCGAUGUUUCAAGGACCACAACGACUUAUCCAGAAACGCCAUCACAAAUGCCUUGACUACGACAGCUGGUCCAAUAAGAUGGAGAAAAUUAAGGACAAAGACAAGCUAAAGCAGGCAAAAGAAGAGCUCGAAAGUGCCAAGAGAAACUACGAAGCAUUGAAUGCGCAACUACUAGAAGAGCUACCACUGUUUCGUCAGAAGACUAUGAGUCUUGUUAAAGACUGUGUCCUCAAUUUCGCGCAUGCAAAGCGCAAGUUUCACGCAGCUAUACACGGGGAAUAUAACAAUCUUUCUUUGUUAUCGCUGGUUAAAGAUGGUUGUCAAGAUAUAGUACAGCAUCAGGUAGAACGAACAGCUCGAGCAAUAGAUCACCUCGCUAGUUUAAGCUUUAUGCCUCCAAGUUUCUCAGGAAAGGAGAGCGUGAGAAAGAAGCACAAGUCUUCGCCGCACAAGAAACCUGCCGUGCCCCCUGCACCGGACCUCAGUUUAACUCGUAAGCGUAUGGCACCACCUCCCCCAACGCCGUCUUCCGGACCCAUGCUAAAACCAGAGAGACCAACACCUGUGCCCCGAAAAUCUAUACCUAGUGAACAGAAGCAAAAGGCACCUAAAGGAACUGAUGUUGGUGCUGUGGAGAGCCUCCCCUACAUUGCACUAUGCACAUUUGAAGGCCAGAAUGCUGGCGAAAUAUCAGUAAAUGAGGGUGACCUAGUUACAGUACAGCGAAGAUGUGAUACGAGUGGGAACACUGAAUGGUGGUUGGUUUCGUACCACGGACGUAAGGGAUACAUACCAGGAGACUUCUUGGAUCCAUUUGACCCCACGAAAGAUGAUGAGGAUGAGGACGAAGGAAUUGAUGAAGAUGGAAGUGAUUCAAGUGACCUCAAAUCUCCAACAUUUCCUACAGUAGACAUGGUGUACUUUGCUCAGUUUGAUUUUGAAGGAACAAGUGAGGCUGAAGUUAGUAUUGAUGCUGGACAGCUAGUUACCGUGCUGCAGAAACACGAUCUGGAAGGGAACCCAGAGUGGUGGCUGGUAGAAGCUGAGGGAAAGAGAGGUUAUGUAGCUGCUGACUUCUUGGCAUCAUUUGAAGAUUCCUAGUAAUAGGCUAAAUAAAAUAUAGUAGAUAUGAUAAUUUAUGGCUUGUCCAUAUCUCAUGGUAGAUGCUUGUCUGCCAAUGGAUUAUUAAGCCUUAAUUUCACUUGUGAGGGAAACAAACUCUGCUUACCACAUGUGAAACUCUGGGUAGGUGCAAUAAGGAAGGUGCAAAAUUUGAAUUUCAGAACUAAACGUCAAACAUGGUUUGCCUUGUUGUAUGAAAAUGUAUUUUGUUAUGCUUACAAGCUUGCCAGGAAAAAUUGAAGCCAAGAUAGCAUAAUAUUUAUGCCAUCUUAUUGGUGAACUAAAAACAACACUGAUUAUUAUUAUCUUUUUAUUAUUACCCUCAUUAACUGGUUGCUUUUCUCUGCUCUAUGCUUUAUAGAUGUUUCAUUGUUUUAUUUAAUUUAAGUUGUCACUUUUCUUUUACAAGAUACAAUUAAAAUUCUUCACUAGUUUCA